GUGCCUGAACUGGCCAUCUACUGUAAUCAGAUUGGUGACUACCCUAAUUGUCAUCAUAGAACCUUCAUCUAGUAACUGAUGGAAGCAGAUGCAGAGAUCCACAGCCAAGCACUGGGCUGAGCUCCUGGAGUCUGGCUGAAUAAAGGGAGGAGGGACUAUGUAAGUGGGGGAAUGGGUUGGAGGGGGAAUGUCAAGGUCAUGAUAGGAACACACAGAGACAGUUGACCUGAGCUCCUGGAAGCUCAUGGACUCUGGACCAACAGUUAGGGAGCCUGCAUGGGACCAACCUAGGCCCUCUGCAUUUGUGUGACAGUUGUAUAACUUGGUCUGUUUGUAAGGCUCCUAGCAGGGAGACCAGGACUGCCUCUGGCGCCUAGCUGACUUUUGGGAACCUGUUCCCCAUGAUGGAUUAUCUCGCCCAGUCUUGAUGCAGGUGGAGGAGUUCAAUCCUGCCUCAAGCGAGGAAAUGUGGAAAACAGAAGCAAAUUGCCAGCAGCAGAUUCAUCGUCCUAAGACCACUGAGCUUUUGUUACCUGGUUCUCAACUGCACAGACCAGGUACCGACCUGACCACGCACCACAAUUAACCAUUGGGAUCUCCUAGGAGAACAGAAGUGAAGAGUAACAGCAUGGCCUCGGCGGGUCUCCAGCUCCUCGCUUUCGUCCUGGCCUUGUCUGGGGUCUCGGGGGUCCUCACCGCCACUCUGCUGCCCACCUGGAAGGUUACUGCAGCUCUAGGCUCCAGCAUUGUAACUGCGAUUGUACAGGUGCACGGGCUGUGGAUGGACUGCACGUGGUACAGCACUGGGAUGUUCAGCUGCUCUCUAAAAUACUCCAUCCUGUCUCUGCCCAUCCAUGUGCAGACCGCCAGGGCCACCAUGGUCCUGGCCUGCGUUCUGUCUGCUCUGGGGAUUUGUACUUCGGUAGUAGGAAUGAAAUGCACUCACUUAGGAGGGGACACACACACCAAGAGUCAAAUUGCUUUUGCUGGAGGAAUCUGCUUCAUGAUUGCAGGGAUCUCUGGCUUAAUCCCAACAGUGUGGUACACCAAGGAGAUCGUAGAAAACUUUCUAGAUUGGACCAUUCCGAAAAGCAACAAAUAUGAACCUGGAGGAGCCGUCUACAUCGGGUUCAUUUCGGCGAUGCUACUACUUAUCUCUGGUGUUAUUUUCUGCAUUUCUUAUAUAAAAAGGAACCCGAAACCAUGGAUCUACCCUCCCAAGCAGGAACAUGCCUCUACCUGGCAGCCAGAGAAGAGGUUAGCUUACAACCUGAAGAAUUACGUGUGAAGAGCUGUGCAACGAACAUGCAGUGAGGCUUCUGGGACGUGCUAAAACUUUAUCAGAAUGAAGAAAACAAAACGAAACACUCUUAUGCUUAGCUUCCUUUACAAAGAGUACAAAAUAUCAAAAAAAUUGUGAGGUACUUUAAAAUGCCAACAAACUACCGUCUACAAUUA